UCGAUGUAAACAAAAGAGGCGUUAGUUCAACGGCAGCGACCCAGCCGAGGGGCGACCCGUACUGGAUGUUCUUGUCUCGACGAACGCGUCCGGACCAGAGGCUGACUGUGGGGGAAAAGCCACUCUGAAGCGAAUGAAGAAGCAUCUAAUCUUUCACUUCACAUACCGAGGACUUCUAACGAAAGGAAAAAAGAGUAAAAGAAGAAAAUGGAGUAUAAAUUGCGAAAGGCUGAACCAAGGGACGUCUCUGAUAUAUUACGACUGGUGAAGGAACUUGCAAAAUACGAAGAGAUGGAGCACCAGGUGACGCUGACUGAAAAAGAACUCCUUGAGGAUGGAUUCGGUGACACCCCGUUUUACCAUUGCAUCAUAGCUGAGAUCCAAGGAGAGAACAGCAGUGAUGAUCCGAAGGUGGUGGGAUUUGCCAUGUACUACUUCACUUACGACCCCUGGGUUGGCAAACAGCUCUACCUGGAGGAGUUCUACGUGAUGGAUGAGUACAGAGGGCUGGGCAUUGGCUCGGAGACCCUGCGGCACCUCAGUGAUCUGGCGAUGAAGACGCGCUGCACGGGCAUGAUGUUUGUGGUGGCGGAGAACAACGAGCCGUCCGUCCAGUUCUACAAGCGCCGCGGUGCUGAGGACCUCUCUCAGGAGGAGGGCUGGAGGCUGUUCAGGUUCGACAAGGACAGCCUCGUCAAGAUGGCCACUCCAGCUGAGGAAUGACGGAGGUCCGGCAGAGCGGAGGAGGAGGAGGAGGAGGAGGAGGAGGAAGGAAAGGAGACCCUGGCCUCCGUGUCCGACUCCUCGGCUUUUUCUCCGCGUUCAGACGAGGGAUGACUCCCAGAAGUUCAGCUUUUAAAAAGGGGAAAUCUAUCACAGUAAUAUGACUGUAUGUAGUUUAGUCUGACUGAGUCUUUUAUCUGUUGCUUAGUCACUUUUGAUCAUUUCUAAUAUGUUACUCUGAAUCACUUACAUUUAAUCUGAGCUUUCAGUGACCACUCUUUGUUAGUUCUGGUGCAUUCUAUGUGCAGGAAGAGUCGUCAUCACUUAAGUUUGCAAUAAAACAACAACUGAAUCACACCA